AUGGACAAAUUCAUCAUCAAAGUCGCCGCUCUUCGACAGUGCUCAGGAUCGGGAAGACGCAACUACGACUCCAACUUCGCAUUCGCACCAUCGCAUCGCAUCGCAUCGCAUUUCCCCAGUAUCCAACCUCCAAGACCCCCCAUCAUCAAGGGUACCCACCACGCCGAGAGAAUUCAACACAACAGUUGGCCGUCCGCUUCGUCCCUCUUCACCCGAACCAAGAUCAUCACGAUCAGCACUGCCUCACCCCCCAGCCAUCUCUGUACGGAUACGAGUACGAGUACUCAACCCCCUCGUCAUAUUCCCAUUUUCCCUACGAUUCACAUCCCAAGCCGUUCACAACCGCACCACGACAUCAAUCAAAGGUUCAAAUUACGCUCACCACCUCCAAAGAAGCAAAAGCAGAAGCAGAAGCAGAAGCAGAAGAAGAAGAAGAAAGAAACCAACCCAAGACCCACCCACCCUUCGAAACCCAAACCCAACAGCACCACGUAA